AUGUUGCCCUCUGGCUCACCCUGUUACCUCCCUGCCUUCAAUGGCCUUGGCCCCACUCGCUCCUCCAAAGAACACCAAUACAAUUUCCAUAAUCACCCUUACGAACAUCACAACACCUCACUCGCUACACAGACAUCUACCUCUGGAUUGUUGACCGCUCCACUGGGCCCGGUCAGCCAUAAUGUCAAUUAUGGCUCCCAUGAUAUGUAUUCUCAAGCACCUGGAGAAGAGAACAUUCAACCCACAUUGUCCGAACCAACUGCGACCGACUGCUGUUGCCCCUCGUUCCAAUCUGCGCAGUUCAGCACAAGCAUCAACCUGGCAGGAAUGCACAACACCCCCACCCACGCGCACUCCAACGUGAACACACCGAUCAACUUACACUCGUACAGCGCUCUCACACACGUGGUCCUGCAGUCACCCUCAAAUUGCUCCACACUCACCGCACAUGGUCUGGAGAUGCUGUUUCACAACAUGCACAUCUUGUAUGACCCCCAGCACAUUGGGAAGUUCCACAAGGUCUCCGGGACUAAGACUGCUGUCGAUGAAACAAAGGUAGCAGUGGACGAGCUCAAGCCCAUCCUGGAAGCAGCCUGGUUACCAUCCAAUCAGCAGAAGUAUCUCUUCCGUGUACUCGUCAAGCACUACAUGAUAAAGCCCAUAGUGAGCUAUUACGAUUAA